GCGGCGCCUGUAGGCUGCGCCGAGCGGGCCGCGCCAUGGCGGCGGACGGCCGCGGGGGGCGGGAGCUGCUCGCCCUCAUCCACCAGCACUUGCUCCGCGGCGGCUACGCACGGGCGGCCCGUGAGCUCCAGGCGCAGACCGGGCAGAAAUUGCUUCCUUCUCUCUCGACCUCUCUCGAGGACAUCUUCACCCACUGGGAAAAAACUCCCUCGAAUUCCAGGAGAAGAAAGGUGAGUGAUGAGGAGGCAGCCAUCCCAGAAAAGAUCAGAGUUCCUGAUCCCGUGAGCAGCUCUGAGAGCUCAGAGAAAGAAGAGGAUGAGAAAGAGAAGGCGAAAGCUGCAAACGCAGCCAGCCUUUCCCUGGCCACAAACUCAGGUGUGAAUGUAGAAAGCAGUGAAGAUGAUGACUCCUCAUCAGAAGAGGAAGCACCAGCUGGAAAAGCUGCAAUUACGGUUACACCAGCUGUGGUGAGUGGCAAAACUGCCAACUCCCUGCAUUCGCCUAACAAACCCACUGCCCCAGCAGGCAAAGCAGCAGUGCCUUCUGCUGCGAACAGAACUGUGGUCUCAAAUAAGCAGCAGCCCAAUGCACCAGCUGUGUCUGCAGCUCCAGCCAAGGCUGGGCAGAAACUGCCUGGUCCUGGGAAGCCUGGACAUGCCGCAACAGUCACAGCCAAAGUAGGUCAAAGCAAAGCACCAGUAAUGACCAAAGCACCGGAAAGCUCCAGCAGCAGCAGUAGCAGCUCCUCAUCAGAGAGUGAGGACGAAAAAGAGACACCGACUGCAAAAGCCCCAGCCCCCAUAGUGGAGCCGAAGCAGGCAGCUGGGGCUGCUGAGAGCAGCAGUGAGGAAUCAAGUGAUGAGACAUCCUCUGAGGAGGAGCUUGCAACUCCAGCGGUCCAGGCAAAACCAGCUGUGAAAACAGCGCAGGUUAAUGCAGCACCUGUGAAAAGUGCACCUGCUGCUCCAGUGUCCCUCAAGAAGAAUGCAGUGAGGCAAACAGCACUGGCACCAAACCAGGCCAAACCCACAUCCACAACGGUUCCCGGGGCUGCAAAGCCCGAUGACACAUCAGAGAGUAGCGACUCAUCAGACAGCGAAGAUGAGGAACCUCCAUCAGUAACCCAAACAAAGCCACCUCCAAAAUCCUCCCAGGCCAUCCCAUCCCCAGUGAAACCUACACCAGCAGCAUCGCUCUCUGGCAAAGCAGCUCCAGCAAAAACACUUCCACUGUCCCAAGGGAAGCCAGCACCAAAAGCAGCAGUGCCAAAGCAGGCCAAAACCACACUAGGAGGGACUGCUGCUCCAACGAAGCCUGCUGAAAGUACGAAGCUAGUGGAGAGCUCUGAAUCCUCAGGCAGUGAAGAGGAGGACCUCCCUGUGCCCAUCAGCCAGAAGAGGUUAACAGAACAGCCUGGGCCUGUUCCCAACCUGAGCCAGGCUGCUAAAGCUGGGCCGCCUGAAAAAGCAGUGGGAAGCACCUUGAAAAGCCAGCCCUCAGAAAGUGGGAGCAGUGGCUCGUCUGACAGUGAAGAGGAGUCCCCUGCAGCACAGACACAGCCUCCGCAAGUUGUGAAAACCAGUGCUGUGCCCCAGACAGCAAACAUGAAGAAGGCAUCGGCACCGGCACCAGCCGCUCCACCUGUGGACAGCAGCGAUGAUUCCAGUGAGGAGUCAGAUUCAGAGGAGGAAGUAGUCCCUACUUCUCAGUAUCUGCUCCAGCAGAACAUCAAAGCGACCAAGGUUUUGAGCACAGUGGCUGCCAAGGCUAAUGCCACGCUGCCUUUGGGGAAGGGGAUAAAAGCACCUGAUGUCCCUCCAGUUAGCAGAGUGUCUGAGAGCUCGAGUAGCGAUUCCUCGGAGCACGACGUGCUGGUGGGAGAGGGCCCCACUCCUCCUUGCCUAAAGCAAACGGUUCCUGUGGGAAAAGCUCCUCUGGCCAACACUGCUGCCCUGCAGGCUGCUUCGCUCCUGGGAAUUCCCACUGCCAAGUCGAGGAAGCCAGGCCUGCAGCCAGCGCAGGAUGUCCGGCUGAGCCAGGCUGUGCCACCCACCCAGGCAGAGGAGACCUCGGACAGUAGCAGUUCCUCAGACAGCAACGAGGAGGAGACACCCAAGCAGACCCCCAAACCUGCAGGCUCGCUGCAGAAACCAGGAGGGACCCAGCCAGACCACAGCUCCUCAUCGGAGUCCAGUGAGGAGGAGGAGGAGGCAGCGUCGCAGUCCCUCCUCACAGGCUAUCUGGGCCUCUCCAGGACUCCAGCAUCACCCCAGGCACCAAAGACGGUUCCCCCCCAGCCUGUAGGCAGAGUGGGACAAGGGAAAGCAGCCAUGACUGCUGCAAACUCCCUCUCCAAGGCCUCUGUGAAAGCAGCCCCAGCCGACAGCUCCAGCAGCGACUCCGACACAGACAUCGACCAGGUGGCUGCAAACCACAAAGCAGAAAACAACCCACCUCCAGGGCAGGAAGCCACAGGAGGAGCCUCCAACAAAGAGAAGGUGGCAGGAAAAACAGAGCCAAGUCAUGCCAGCCUCAAACCUUCCCCACUCAAGAAAGCCCUGGCCGUGAAAGAGAAUGAUGUUGGGGCAAAAGGGGUGCAAGUGACCCCAGCGUCACAUGCACUGUUCUCUAUCCCACAAUCAGAGGAGUCAAGCUCGGGGAGCGAAACUGAGGUCACCACUGCUGCCAAAGUUCCUGCAGUGCAAACACUGGAAGGAUUGGAAGUGAAGAAGAAGAAGAAAAAGGAGAAAAAAGAAAAGAAAGAAAAGAAGAAACCUUCCUCCACAGCAGACAAGGCUGUGAAAACAUCUAAGAGCAAAGACAAAGAGAACAAGAAGCAGAAAACGUCUCAGAAGCGGAAACUGCCAGGAGAAGAUGGGGCUGUUGGGCAGCCCAAGGAGAAGAAGCGGAAAGGGCAAGCUAAUGAAGAAGUACCCAAAAAGAAAAAGAAGAAAGCAGCUGGUGACCUGGAGAAGCUGCCAGGCAGCAAGGAAAAGAAAAAAUCAGCUAAAAAAAAAAAGACUGGAAAAGAAAAGAAGAAGACCAAAAAGGUGUCUUUGGAAGGGGAGCCUAUAGCAGAUGCCUCCGCUGAGGUUCACAAGAAGAAAAAGAAGAAGAAGAAAACAGCUGAGCCUGAAGGAUUGUGAGAAGGUACAUGGCCUGUGGGGACUACCAGGUGGUACCUCUGAACGGCGGUAACCUUGGCCAAAUUCAGUACUCCUGGGCCAGUCUUGGGAAGACGGUGUGCCCUCUAAAUGCUCACUGAGUCAGCCUGGCCUUAGGUUAGAGGGCCAGGGAGUGGAGCGGUGUAAGGAAAGUCAUGCAGCAGUGUGCUGGCUUCUCUGGAUGUGUUUGACCUCAACUCUUUAGCUGCUGAGAACUGGAUGUCCAGCCUGGACGUUGCUGUCCUCUGUCAUCAGCAGAGAUAAGCGGCCUCUGGCAGUGUCUGUCCCUGCUGACCACAGGGAGCUUGGAAAAGUAAUGUGGAUUAGAUGGUGAUGUUGUAGCCACCUGGAAGUGGACCAGAUGACUCUGCCCUUGCUCUGCUCAGCUGUAAGGCUGUUCUCCUCCUUCCCAUCCCUAACUCUUUUAACUCCUCUCCCCAAAGGUACCGCAUCCCUGUGAUUAAGGAUUUAUGGGUGAAGAUCAAACAGAAGAGAGGAAAAGGAAGUUCAUCAGGAGAAUUCCAACUUUUUUUUUUUAAAUAAUAAUUUAUAACUUCUUUUAACUGUGACUUUUAGAGCAGAGCAGUGUAACUUUCUGCCUCCUCCUGCCCUGCUGGGGCCCAGAGACAUGUUUAUUGCCCCUCCCAAUGGCUCACCUGUUGCACAAGAACUGAACUGAAGGAGGCAGUUUGACCAGAGAAGAGCCAGCUUGCAUAAACUGCUUUCCUCCUAGUUGACACCCAGCCAUCUCUUUCUCAUCACAGAGCUAUAUUUUUAAGAGAAACUUUUACCUUUCCCCCCGCCCUGCCCCCCCCUUCUGUGAUUUGUGGUGUCAGUCCUUUUGCUACUAUGGAAGAGAGCUCUUGGGUUUACUUUUUAUUCUAACACUGACAGCAGUGAUUAUUGUGUCCCUGGAGUUGCACUGAACAGCUGUGUCCAGCAGCUGUUCUUGGCCAAGGCGGCGUAAUUUUUUGUGGUUUUUUUUUUAUGGAAUACAAAAUAAAAAAAAAGAACGGUGAGAUUUUUCUUCA